AUGGAUAAAAAAUUGUCACUCACUGAGUUAUAUUCCAUUUAUAAGAGAUGGGUGAUUAAUAAUCCUGGUCUAGUGACAGAUGUAGAAACUGUUGCAACAUGGUCGUCUUAUUUUGUUGCUGGUAAAAUUAAUAAAUCACCUAUAAUAUCUGAACUUGUGUAUUCCUUAUCUAAACUCUUGUCAUUAUUCAAUGAUCGACUCAUAAAAGAAGCAUAUGGAAAUGAAUUAAAUGACUAUGGUUUACGCGAACAAAUAAAAUUAUGGCUUACUAUAAUUCAUUAUUGUGAAGUUUUUGUUGAAUUAGUAGUCAGGAAUCGAUGGGGUAAUAAAGGAAAAUGGACUGCAACAAGUCUGAUUCAGAUGUUUAAGUGUGCUUCAGCUAUUGUUCUACUAUACAGAUAUAAAGAAAUACCUAUUCAACAUCCACCCAUACCAGCUUUACAAAGAAAAAAAUUUAUUGAUGGAAAAGAUACAGAUGAUAAUUCAAAUUCUUGUUUUACUCUACAAAGAUCAGGUAGAGUUAUCAGACGAAUAGACGGAGCACCACCAGUUGCACUUAGAGAUUGGCAGCCACUAAAAAUAAAAGAAAAUAUUUCACCUACAGUUGAAGGAAAAGAUAUUUUUAAAGCAGAACUAUUGCAUAUCUUAAAACCGUUAAUUCACCUUGCAGCAAUGCGAAUUUUUGGAAGCAAGUCGUGGAAACAGUGGCUUUUAGCUUUGGGCAUUGACAUUGCAAGUUUCAAAUUAUACAAUCGACAUAUGGAUAAUUUCUCCUAUGAACAAAGAUUAGAAAUAAGUAGAAGAAAACUUGGGCUAGUUUUAUAUCUGCUACGUAGUCCAAUGUAUAAUGGUUAUUCUAAAAAUAUUAUUGAGAGUGUUUUGACCUCAACUUCAAACAAAAUUCCAAUGUUGUCAUUUAUAUGUAGUCCUAUCAUUCAAUACCUUAGUCACUGGCAGGACAUAUACUUUUAUAUGUGGGCAUCA